CCCAAAUAUCCGUCCAAGCAAAGCCCCCAAGAAGUGACUACUACUGAGUAGUAUUGCAAUCUUGUAUUUUCUCGGAGAAGAGGAAAAAAAAAGAUGAUCAGAACAAGGCUGGCUUGGUUCACGUUAGGCUUUGCGACUGCCGGCGCUACAAUCACUCACUUGGUCCUCAAAGAUCUCUGGGUCCACCGUAACUCUCUCUCUUCCGACUUGAAGCUAAAGUUUGAUGCCCUAGACACCAGAAUCACCAAUCUGGAGCCAGUCCUUAGUAACAAUUCCAUUAUCCAGCAGGAGGAAGGCAACUUGAAAUGAAGCGUUUCCUUUUUCACUUCACAUGGUUGGGUUAGCCUUUACUUCAAGCUGAUCCUAUAUUUUGGCAGUUUUUGAUCUGAGAUAUUACAAUAUGUUGCAUGGGUUCAUCUUAAGAACUGCCUUUCUUCUUUCAUUAGAAUCAUAUAUUUGGGGCUUCAUGUAACUCAUAAAGAUUUCUUUUUUGCUACCUAAUAGUUAUAAAAUUGUUUCUUUUGUUAUCCAAUAGUAAUGCUGAAUUUUUCAUAAUAGAUACGUGUCUUUUGUGGUCAAUUCGGUCAUGAUUGGCCAAUAUUUAAAGUUGUGGUGUGUCUUGCAUACUUGUUCGAUUGCCUUUCAGAAGUCACCAUUGUGUGGUCUGCCAAUUGUAAUAAAUGUUCACCUGAUCAGUGAAAAUCCAACAUAUUUAGCCAACAGUUAUGCAGAUGGUUAGGGGUUUACCCCAACCGUUGGUAGGGUUUUGCAGGGUUAAAUUGUACAACCCAUCUUAAAAGAGAGGCUUUUCUGUGGUUGUGAGCUGGUUAAGACAACAAACAGUUAUUGAAUGCAAUAUCUUCAGCUGACAACAUAACAUGCCCUUGGGGAAGUGAGACAGCAAGUUGUCAGUGCUCAAUUUCAGCUGGCUGCAAAAUAUUCGGCUGAUCAUGUUCAAGAGCAAGCAGAGAACUAAACACAAUUUAUUUGCAAAUAAAACAAGUUUUAUUGGCCAAGCUAGUGUUCUAACAUUGGCCAAGACAUGUGUUGGUUGAAUGUUGCCGCCUUCCAGAUUUCCAUAACACAGGUUCUAAAAUUUUUUUGUGCUUAGCUAUUGUAGGGAUUGGAUGCAUUGCUCGUAGAAUUGAUCAAAAUGAAUGCAAGUGUUUGAUGAAGUCUUUACAGGCCAUUGAGGGUUUUGUUCCCUUAUCUUGGCUUUUCUAUAGAAAUACAAGAAAAUUAAAUUGUGCAUCACUUUGCUGGUGAACCCUUUUUAUUGUUUCCAAAUCUAG